AUGACAUGCGAACUCCCGCUAGGUAACAGCUCCGCCAUCAACACCCACGACACAGCUCUUAUCCUCUGGACAGGCUCUAGGGAUCUAGUUCUCUCAUUACCGUCUUUCACAAUGCCUGCAUAUCACUCUAUCUUCCUUGAGGACCGGGACGUCCCCGUAAUAGGCAACUUCCCAGUCCUGCCCCUCCGCACCCGCACUCGCGGCCCCGCAUACACCCUUCCCACCCUACCCCCGGGCGCCGACCUCGACGUACAGCCAGACAACGAGUCAUACGAUUGUGUAGACGAGAUCAUCUCUCUAUUCAGAGCCAAUGUCCUGUUCCGAAACUUCGAGAUCAACGGCCCCGCCGACCGCAUGCUCAUCUAUGGAACAUUGUUCAUCACCGAAUGUCUGGGGAAAGUCAAGCCUACAAUGGCAGCUCGUGAUGCGGAAAAGGCUCUUAACAAUGUUGCUCUUGAUAGCUUCGCCAUUCCCGGUGAUGCAUCCUUCCCGCUAAACCAGGCCUUUGAGCCCCCGAGGGAUCGCCAGGAUGCUGAGACACUUCGAUCAUACAUUUCCCAAGUGCGACAGGAGAUUGCGACUCGGCUGCAUGCGAGAUUAUACCCUGGUGGUGUUGGUCCGUCGAAGUUCUGGCUUAGCUUCACGAAGAGAAAGUUCAUGGGAAAGAGCUUCUAG